UCCCCCUGUCCCCGUGUCCCAUGUCCCACGUCCCCGCAGGUGGCUCUUGGGGACAGGCCCCCCGCGGUGUCCCUGGUGACGAUGACCGCAUCAUCGGGGGGUACCCGUGUGUCCCCCUGUCCCAGCCCUGGCAGGUGUUCAUCUACUCGCCCGUGCGCUGCGGGGGGGUCCUGAUCAGCGACACGUGGGUGCUGUCGGCCGCCCACUGCAACCGCAGUGUCCCCACGUCCCCCCCUGUCCCCUGUCCCCGCAGGGGGCUGCGCCUGCGCCUGGGCGAGAGCGACCUGCAGCGGCGGGAGGGGACGGAGCAGGAGCGCCGGGGGGUGCUGACCAUCCCCCACCCGUCCUACGACCCCUCCACGCUGCAGAACGACCUCCUAUUGGUCAGACUGGACCGGCCGGCUCAGCUGGGUCGCGCCGUGAGGCCCCUCCCCCUCCCCCGCGCCUGCGCCCCCCCCGGCGCCACCUGCCUCGUGUCGGGCUGGGGGACGGUCACCAGCCCCCAAGUGACCCUCCCCCGUCACCUGAUCUGCGCCUACGUCACCGUGGUAUCGGAGGCCGAAUGUCGCCGCGCGUACCCGCAGCGCGUCACCCCCCAGAUGCUCUGCGCCGGGGUGGGCGACAAGCGCACCGACACCUGCCAGGGUGACUCGGGGGGUCCCCUGUCGUGCAACGGGACCCUUCAGGGCAUCGUGUCGUGGGGGCUGCAGACCUGCGCCCUCCCCGGCCACCCCGGCGUCUACACGCGCGUCUGCGACUACGUGAACUGGAUCGAGAGGACCGUGAGGACCAAUUAGGGGCCACCAAUGGGGAUGAGGGGCGGGGCCACCAUGGAGGGGGCGGGGAAACAAAGGGUUGGGUCGUUAUGGGCAUAGGGACAAGGGUCUGGGCCACCAGGGACAAUGAGGAUGUGAAGAUAAAGAUCUUGGCCACCAUACCAUGGAUCUGGGCCACCAAAGUCUAUGACUAUGGACAGAGAGAUCUGGGCCACCAUGGAUCUUGGUCACCAUGGACACAAGGACAAGGGUCUGGGCCACCAAGGACCACGAGGACAUGAAGACAAAGAUCUUGGCCACCAUACCAUGGAUCUGGGCCACCAUGGACCAUGGAGCUUGGUCACCAUGGACUAUGACUAUGGACACAAGGACAAGGGUCUGGGCCACCAUGGACCACAAGGCCAUGAAGACCAAGAUCUGGGCCACCAUGGACCUUGGUCACCAUGGACUAUGACUAUGGACACAAGGACAAGGGUCUGGGCCACCAUACCAUGGACCUGGGCCACCAAAGUCUAUGACUAUGGACAGAGAGAUCUUGGCCACCAUGGAUCUUGGUCACCAUGGACACAAGGACAAGGGUCUGGGCCACCAUGGACCAUGAGGACAUGAAGACAAAGAUCUGGGCUACCAUACCAUGGAUCUGGGCCACCAUGGACCUUGGUCACCAUAGACUAUGACUAUGGACACAAGGACAAGGGUCUGGGCCACCAUGGACCAUGAGGACAUGAAGACAAAGAUCUUGGCCACCAUACCAUGGAUCUGGGCCACCAUGGACCUUGGUCACCAUAGACUAUGACUAUGGACACAAGGACAAGGGUCUGGGCCACCAUGGACCAUGAGGACAUGAAGACAAUGAUCUGGGCCACCAUACCAUGGAUCUGGGCCACCAAAGUCUAUGACUAUGGACAGAGAGAUCUGGGCCACCAUGGAUCUUGGUCACCAUGGACACAAGGACAAGGGUCUGGGCCACCAUGGACCAUGAGGACGUGAAGACAAUGAUCUGGGCCACCAUACCAUGGAUCUGGGCCACCAAAGUCUAUGACUAUGGACAGAGAGAUCUGGGCCACCAUGGAUCUUGGUCACCAUGGACACAAGGACAAGGGUCAUGGCCACCAUGGACCACGAGGACAUGAAGACAAAGAUCUGGGCCACCAUGGACCUUGGUCACCAUGGACUAUGACUAUGGACACAAGGACAAGGGUCUGGGCCACCAUGGACCAUGAGGACAUGAAGACAAAGAUCUGGGCUACCAUACCAUGGAUCUGGGCCACCAUGGACCUUGGUCACCAUAGACUAUGACUAUGGACACAAGGACAAGGGUCUGGGCCACCAUGGACCAUGAGGACAUGAAGACAAAGAUCUUGGCCACCAUACCAUGGAUCUGGGCCACCAUGGACUAUGACUAUGGACACAAGGACAAAGAUCUUGGCCACCAUGGACUAUGAGGACACGGAGACCAAGAUCUGGGCCACCAUGGACAACUAUGGACAGAAAGAUCUUGGCCACCAUAGACUAUGACCAUGGACUCAAGGACAAGGGUCAGGGCCACCAUGGACCAUGAGGACAUGAAGACAAAGCUCUUGGCCACCACACCAUGGAUCUGGGCCACCAUGGACCAUGGAGCUUGGUCACCAUGGACUAUGACUAUGGACACAAGGACAAGGGUCUGGGCCACCAGGGACAAUGAGGACAUGAAGACAAUGAUCUGGGCCACCAUACCAUGGAUCUGGGCCACCAAAGUCUAUGACUAUGGACAGAGAGAUCUGGGCCACCAUGGAUCUUGGUCACCAUGGACACAAGGACAAGGGUCUGGGCCACCAAGGACCACGAGGACAUGAAGACAAAGAUCUUGGCCACCAUACCAUGGAUCUGGGCCACCAUGGACCAUGGAGCUUGGUCACCAUGGACUAUGACUAUGGACACAAGGACAAGGGUCUGGGCCACCAUGGACCACAAGGCCAUGAAGACCAAGAUCUGGGCCACCAUGGACCUUGGUCACCAUGGACUAUGACUAUGGACACAAGGACAAGGGUCUGGGCCACCAUACCAUGGAUCUGGGCCACCAAAGUCUAUGACUAUGGACAGAGAGAUCUGGGCCACCAUGGAUCUUGGUCACCAUGGACACAAGGACAAGGGUCUGGGCCACCAUGGACCAUGAGGACAUGAAGACAAAGAUCUUGGCCACCAUACCAUGGAUCUGGGCCACCAUGGACUAUGACUACAGACACAAGGACAAAGAUCUUGGCCACCAUGGACUAUGAGGACACGGAGACCAAGAUCUGGGCCACCAUGGACAACUAUGGACAGAAAGAUCUUGGCCACCAUAGACUAUAACCAUGGACUCAAGGACAAGGGUCUGGGCCACCAUGGACCAUGAGGACAUGAAGACAAAGAUCUUGGCCACCAUACCAUGGAUCUGGGCCACCAUGGACCAUGGAGCUUGGUCACCAUGGACUAUGACUAUGGACACAAGGAUAUGGGUCUGGGCCACCAUGGACCACAAGGCCAUGAAGACCAAGAUCUGGGCCACCAUGGACCUUGGUCACCAUAGACUAUGACUAUGGACACAAGGACAAGGGUCUGGGCCACCAUACCAUGGAUCUGGGCCACCAAAGUCUAUGACUAUGGACAGAGAGAUCUGGGCCACCAUGGAUCUUGGUCACCAUGGACACAAGGACAAGGGUCUGGGCCACCAUGGACCAUGAGGCCAUGAAGACAAAGAUCUUGGCCACCAUACCAUGGAUCUGGGCCACCAUGGACCAUGGAGCUUGGUCACCAUGGACUAUGACUAUGGACACAAGGACAAGGGUCUGGGCCACCAGGGACAAUGAGGACAUGAAGACAAUGAUCUGGGCCACCAUACCAUGGAUCUGGGCCACCAAAGUCUAUGACUAUGGACAGAAAGAUCUGGGCCACCAUGGAUCUUGGUCACCAUGGACACAAGGACAAGAGUCUGGGCCACCAAGGACCAUGAGGACAUGAAGACCAAGAUCUGGGCCACCAUACCAUGGAUCUGGGCCACCAUGGACUAUGACUAUGGACACAAGGACAAAGAUCUUGGCCACCAUGGACCAUGAGGACACGGAGACCAAGAUCUGGGCCACCAUGGACAACUAUGGACAGAAAGAUCUUGGCCACCAUAGACUAUGACCAUGGACUCAAGGACAAGGGUCAGGGCCACCAUGGACCAUGAGGACAUGAAGACAAAGAUCUUGGCCACCAUACCAUGGAUCUGGGCCACCAUGGACCUUGGUCACCAUAGACUAUGACUAUGGACACAAGGACAAGGGUCUGGGCCACCAUGGACCAUGAGGACGUGAAGACAAUGAUCUGGGCCACCAUACCAUGGAUCUGGGCCACCAAAGUCUAUGACUAUGGACAGAGAGAUCUGGGCCACCAUGGAUCUUGGUCACCAUAGACACAAGGACAAGGGUCUGGGCCACCAUGGACCAUGAGGACAUGAAGACAAAGAUCUUGGCCACCAUACCAUGGAUCUGGGCCACCAUAGACCUUGGUCACCAUGGACUAUGACUAUGGACACAAGGACAAGGGUCUGGGCCACCAUGGACCAUGAGGACAUGAAGACAAAGAUCUGGGCCACCAUGGACCUUGGUCACCAUAGACUAUGACUAUGGACACAAGGACAAGGGUCUGGGCCACCAUGGACCAUGAGGACAUGAAGACAAAGAUCUUGGCCACCAUACCAUGGAUCUGGGCCACCAUGGACCUUGGUCACCAUGGACUAUGACUAUGGACACAAGGACAAGGGUCUGGGCCACCAUACCAUGGACCUGGGCCACCAAAGUCUAUGAUGAGGCCACCAAGAUCUGGGCCACCACUGCCCAUGACCUGGUGACAUGGGUGUGACGUCACUUGGGGGGGGGGCGUGGCUUUGGGCUCUGGGGGGUGGGGCCAAUAAAGCAGCAGCAAAAGCAA